UAGCUUCCUUCUCUUUUUCUUCUUUCCACAGCAGCUCAACGCAGCUCAACGCAUACAACCCCCAACUACAACCCCCAACUUUCUUUCUUUCUUCUUGUCUUCAAAAUCAAUGGGCUGAAACAACAGGUGGUUCUCGAGCUGAAGGAGAUAUUCCUGUGGUGGCUGAACUUGAUGGAGAACUGGUGGCGGCGGCUGAACUUGACGGAGAACCGGCGGCGGUGGCUGAGCUUGACGGAGAACCGACGGCGGCGGCUGAACUUGACGGAGAACCGGCGGCGGCAGCAGCCAUGGACGAAGUCCCUAAGCUUGCAGGGUUGUGUGCAAAAAGUGCAGUUAGCAGUCUUGCAGGAUGGGAAGGCAGAGCUCUUGGCUGCAGGGCACUUCUUGCUUGCGGCAGUAGGAAAGAAAACACCCAGCAGGAGAAAAAUGUACAUUUUGGGAGUGAAAAAAAAUGCUAGAAAAGGAGCUCUUGGCCGCAAAAAAGCG